CAGCGGCAGCGGCAAACACGUUGUUUACUCAUUGCUUCCAGAGCUGCGUUCGCAGUAAGUGAGUGGAUCGCGGAGAGGAAGUUUCCGCGCCGAACAUAACCACACACUCUCCCACAGCAAGCGCAGAACUAUGUCGGGCAUUGCCGCCGCACGUCUCGCGGAGGAACGCAAAGCAUGGCGCAAAGAUCACCCGUACGGGUAUGUCGCACGCCCGAGCAAGGGCACCGACGGCGGGUUGAAUCUCAUGAACUGGGAGUGCUCCAUUCCCGGCAAGCGCGGCACACCAUGGGAGGGUGGCCACUACAAGCUGCGGAUGAUCUUCAAAGACGACUACCCCAGCAGCCCGCCUAAAUGCAAGUUUGAACCACCGCUUUUCCAUCCCAAUGUCUACCCAUCCGGCACUGUUUGUCUCUCACUGCUCGACGAGGAAAAAGACUGGCGGCCUGCAAUCACCAUCAAGCAGAUCCUUCUUGGUAUUCACGACCUGCUCAACGAGCCCAACGUUAAGGAUCCUGCACAGGCUGAGGCGUACACCAUCUACUGCCAGAAUAAACUGGAAUACGAGAAGAGAGUGCGCGCUCAGGCGCGUGCCAUGAGCCAAAUGGACCUAUAACAUCUCGUCGCGCACGCAGCGACCUUUCUAGUUUCUAGUUAAGUAAGUUUUAAGUUUCGUUGUACAUGAUUAUAAGCUAAAUUAUUUCAUUAUGGGUCCUGUUUUUCUCAUUCUGUCAAAAUCCUAAAUCUAUGAACUUGAAGGUGGUUGUUAUCAGAUAUGACAGCGAUGUGAGCGGCUGUCUAAUUUAGUUUUCUAAUAAAUCUUUUGACAUAAAUAA